CUCUCUCUAAUUUCGUUAGUCAAAUAUCCGCAUUACAUACAAGAAUCUCUCGAGUGCCAACAAAGUCUGGAAAUGGAGAAAUCUGAGUCAGCCAAGAUUGACAUCGCCGAGACCGGCAGGGAAAGAAAAGGAAAGGCGCCACUUCUGGGAGGAAGAUCAGGUCCGGCGGAGCGUGCAAAGGCAGGAGGAUACAAGAGGGGGAUUGCAAUAUUCGACCUCAUCCUCAGAGUAAGUGCUGCUGCGGCCGCUUUAGGCGCUACCGUUUCCAUGGGAACCGCCGAACAAACUCUUCCUUUCUUCACUCAAUUCUUCCAGUUCCAAGCCAGUUAUGAUGAUCUCCCAACCUUCUCAUUCUUUGUGAUCGGAAUGGCCAUAGUUUGUGCCUACCUUGCCCUAUCGAUACCCUUCUCCAUAGUGUGCAUUGCUCGUCCGCAUGCAGUAGCACCCAGGCUCCUCUUAAUCAUCUUCGAUACGCUGGCAUUAACUCUGGCUACAUCUGCUUCGGCUGCAGCGGCAGCUAUGGUCUACUUGGCUCACCAAGGAAAUCCAAAUGCAAACUGGCUUGCAAUAUGCCAGCAGUUCACUGAUUUCUGCCAAAAGACUAGUGGAUCUGUGAUUGCAGGAUUCACCACGGUCGCCCUCCUAAUAUUCCUGGUGGUGCUCUCUGCUAUGGCUCUUCGGAAACGUUACUAAUCCAGGAGAUAUGAUCAAAUUUACUGGUCGAUCAACCAUUUCUGUUUUCUUCAAUUAUCCAAUUGUAUUAAUUCUGUGUGUUUGUGUGUUGUGGUUAAUCUUGAGAGCUCUUUCUGGUUAACAAGGACCUAAUCAGUCAAGACGAGGGGAAACAAGACAAACUAGUUUGUGUUUAUUGAUGAAAGAUUGC